AACUCGGGAAACAGAAUUAAACCUUUCCAUUUCACCAUCAAUUGUAGCUGAAAAUAGUCCACAAACAUUGACAUGCGUGUACAGUGGUAGCCAAAGUGUUUCGAACAUUGUAUGGAGAAUGAACACAAACACCGUCGGUGCUUUUACACUCACAGGAGGUUCAUGUCAAGAGCUUUAUGGACCAAAUGCAACACUUUACCAUCAUACCUGUGAUGUCAGCAUUAAAACUUUCACACUAACUAUUAAGCAUGUAAAGAAGAAUAACCUAAAUGACGAGUGGGAUUGUUCAGUCAGAGCACCUGUUGUUUCAAUUUAUUAUAUAAGAAGCAAUAUUGUUAAACCAAGAGUGAUUGUUUUCAUCUCAUCCAUAAAUUUAACGCUUCCGCUGACAAGUACCCUCAGUAUAAAUGAGAACACGUUGCUACAAUUUAGAUGUGUUACAUCAGGUGGAUUACCAGAACCCACAGUAAAAUGGUACAAUGAUUCGAGAACACCCAGCGCUCCCAGUGACGAUAUUGAAAUAACAUCAGCAAUAAAGACAUCGUAUAGUAAUACAAGUGAUUAUUUAAUUAAAACAACAAGUACACUGACCUUUGUUCCAUCAAAGUUUGACAACAGCAUCAGCAUCUACUGUACUGCAUAUAGUUCUUCAGAUCAGACGCCAUUAGUUUCUACAAGGAAACCAAAACUGGACGUCUUAUACCCACCUGUGGUAGAUGAUCUAAAGAACAGAAGUAUUAUAGAAGGAGCGUCUUUGACAAUUGUUUGCCCAGUUACAGUUGGCAAUCCACCAGAAACUACAUUUAUAUGGAGGGCAGAUGAUGAUAGAGAAUGGAGAAAGCAAGAUCUAGCUAUUGAUAAUGUAACAAGGAACGACAGCAUGUAUUAUUCGUGUGAAGUGGCAAACAUAUUGAAACAAACUGGACAACCAGAUACAAGUACCAAGCCGGACAGUAAACGUUUUUAUCUUGAUGUUUUAUAUGGAGCAACAGUGACAGACUUCUAUGUUAGCGACUACGCUGGUGAAACGUCAAUUACAGUAAAUGAAGGUACGACAGUGUCGUUAAACUGCGAUGUCGAUAGCAAUCCUGGAUCGAUGAUCACUAUUCAGUUUCAAACUGAAGGACACGAGUUACUGCGUGUCGUUAAUACGAAAUAUUUAGAGUAUAUACUCAGCGCUUCCACUUGCAUAGAUGCUGGUAUUUACCUAUGCUUGGCUUCUAAUCAGUACAACAACAAACAGUCAGUGAAACAGCUACGUUUGUAUGUUAAAUGUUUGCCUCGACCGUCUCCAACCCCCCAGCUAAAGGAAAAUAUAAGAGUUGCUCAACAUCAAGAAGCAGUAAUAACUUUCACAACAGUUGCCUAUCCAGAGCCCACAAAGAAUGAUUUCAAAUGGUUCAAAUGGAAUAAUUUGCAAUGGAUAUCACUGAUAAACAGUGUUGCAUAUCAGACUGACACUUUAGGCUUGCAGUCAAAUCUCACAGUAAAAAAUGUCGACAAAACAUCGUAUGGAAAGUACAAACUACUUGUGACAAAUGCGAUUGGAAACCAUGUGUGCAUAUUUAAUUUAUUGCCUGAGGGUAAACCCGAGGAUCCCAUUGGCUUUAAAACCUUACAGGAAAUAGUUACCGAAACAACAUUCACUGUGCAAUGGAAGCCAGGUUUUGAUAACGGACCUCAACAAAAAUUUGUUUUAAAGUACAAAAAAUCACCUGACAUCGACUGGAAGAGCGUUCUUGUCUCUGAUACCGGGGAGGCACAAAUGAUUUACACCGUCACAGGAUUAUCAAAGGGAACAGAAUACCAGGUUGCCAUUUAUGCUUCAAACAAAUGGGGUAAUUCUUCGGAAUCUGAAAUACUACUCCUAAGGACAAAAGAUGGACCUACUGAAAAUAACUGCCAUGAAGAUGGCAAUACUGCAAUCAUCGUCGGCGUUGUUCUUGGGCUCGUCAUUGGUGCUCUAGCCGGUUAUGCGAGUUGUGUUACCAUACUGUUUAAGCGAAAACAAGAAAACCAAGGACAGCCAAGUUCAAGUCACGUGGUUCAUAACGCGGGAAAUACGUCGACUUAUGCUAACUUAGCGUAUACGCCAAACACCAGUGAAAUGAAGCAGAACAGUCCCACGCUAGAGGAUGCACCUAUUCUGGGUGUUGCCGACUAUACAACAUUAGAGGAACAGUUAAGGGAUAAUAGGUCAACGUACAAUGUGAUAAAUGCAGUCUCUUAGGACACGAAAUACAAGUAGUAACGUUAAAAAGAGCACCUAGAAAUUACUAUUGCGUUUAUACAGACCGGGCUGCAUGAACUGUAAUACCCUACAAGGCGGUCAUGUAGCUUAUUAUGCACUAUUGGUGUGUUAAAUCUAUGUCAUUGAGCAAAGUGGUCAGUAGUUGUGUUUGUAAAUAUGAACAUAUGGCACUAACUUUGACGAUAAAAAUUGGCUGUGCAGAGCUGUUUAUUUGUUGAAACUUUAUAUCAUUGUUGUUUUCUUACCUUAUUAAAGAUACAUUAGUUGUUG